CAUCCUGUUUACCUGGCACGUUCAACGAUUUCAAUUUAUCCAACGGUACAGAUUGUCAAGGCAAUUCCGUGCGCCUGGUGCUUCGCGACAGCGACUAUCAAGGUUUGGUAUUGGUGAGAUUGAAGGCAGUUCAAUCCGAUGUGGAGGUGAUCGAAGCCGAUGAUUCUGACCCAGAACCAGAGCCUAUGGACGAUGAUGCAUUACCCUUUAAUCCCAAUGAUGGUGUCGCAGUUUGGAAUGAAUGUUUUGUGAAGUUUUAUUUUUCCAAGAAAGAUGACUGGGGUAAAUUCAAGAAGAUUUUUCUUGCCAUGUAUGAUGAUGAUGACCACCUGUUGGCCGUGGAUAAAGAAUCCGCUUGUCCUCCGAUGGAACCUAUACUACCAACUCCACCACCAGAAUCAACGCAGAAACAGAUUGUGGGGCCCUCAGAAACCAGUACCAAUACAAAGGGCGGUAGCAAGAAAACUGAUGGUAGAAAACGCAAGAAACCCAACAACUCGGACUUGUUUAAGGAUCACGAGGUAUUUAAAAGAGCUGUUGUUGUAUUAACGUGUUAUAUGAAUCACUAUCGUGUUUCUCGGCAAUGCGUUGUGUUGAAUUGUAUGCUAGUGAAAUGUUUCAACGUCAUUCAUUUGACUAUAAGACUUUGGUAUCAGGAAACACAAAGGAUCUCAAUGAUUUGGCAAUAAAAUCAAUUCGAAUAAAAAACCCCAAAUAUAAUAGAUCACAACAAAAUGCUAUAUCAAUGACAUCGUGGGGCGAAGACUAAUAUUAUCUACUUUUUAUUCCUAUAUAGGAUCCUAUAUUAUCUAGAGCAGUAAGAGCCCUGUUUUCAAUUAUGUAUAGUAGUGACGUGAAAACUCUCGAAGAGGUUGUCUUUCAAAACAUCGAUGAAUUAAAUGUAGAGCAAAACUUUAACUAUAUAUGUGACAUCAUAAGAUGAACACGAUUUCAUCAUGGCGUAUUAAAAUUAUAGUAAAACCAACAAACGCGGAGACGAAGGCCGUGUUUCUGGCAGUUCUAACUUAGAUUAUUGCACUAAUUUUGAGCAGCCUGAAGGAAUACCCAUGCAUCUAUUUCCCAACAAAGAAACAGAUCCACAGAGUGAAAGAAAGUUAGUGAAUUUUAUCCGUAAACAUUGACCGUGUGUUUUCACGCGUCUACGAACCUACUGUUUUGAUUGAGCCUGUUUUGAAGAUUCGUGCUAUAUCUUAUUUUCAUUGACAAAACCUCAUAAACUGGAAAGAAUACUGAAGGAAGAAACUGUUUAUACAAUUUACUUGGAUAGAAUUGUUCCCCUGGCUAAAGUACAACUAACAGACGCAAGGCAAACAAUUCAGGUAUGUAUAGAUUAUGGUGAAGUACAAAUUAAUAUGUUCGCACACAUAUCGGUGAAUAUUUUGCGGAAAAAAAUGACGCUAUAUAUAUAGUCUAAAGUGUUUAACAGUUCUUAUGUUUUAGAUCAUUUGUGGUUGUAAAGAGAGUCCUGUUAAGUUAGUUUCUUGUCCGGAGCAUCUUGAGAUUGAAAUAAAGACAACAAUUCAGCAUGCCUUGACCUACUUUCGUUAAGACUUCUGAAGAUGUUUUGAAAGAAACGAUGCUAUUGGAGUUAUAUUCAGUCAUAUCAAUAAUACAUAUUGCAUAGUAUAAAGUAACAAUCAAUAUAAUAAUAGAAUAGUAUAAUAUUGUACUGGUAUACGCUAUUAUUAUACAUUGUAGUUGGUAAAAGCAAUUUGAUUGGCUAAGAGCUUACAGUUAAAUCGCGCAAUCACGCAACCUACAGAAAUUUCAGUUAUCUGCUAGCAGAUAACUCAGUUAUCUGCAAAUGAGCCUGCGAUGAUUAGCAAGCGGUAUCUAUUUACAGUCAAAAUACAAGAACCUUCCCACUUCCGCUUCUGUAACUUGUUUUGUAUUUCUGUAAUUUGUUCUAUUUUCUAUAGCGAUUUUUGUCGGGAAAUAUCGCGGUAGAAUUCCCCUUUCUUUCCUUUAUAUACGUCAAUUUGUACAAGGAUACACCUUUCGUUAGAUUCUUUGCAUAAAAGUUGUGAAAUUUUCAUUUUAGUACGUCACUGAAUGAUUGUAUUCGGUAAUUUUAAAUUUGUAUAGUAUGAACACACUAGGCGGCGGUUUAAAACCGAUUUAUCAACAAUUAUCGCCAUAAGAUCUAAGUUUCGCAACUUUUAUGCAAAGAAUCUAACGAAAGGUGUAUCCAUUGCUACAAAUUGACGUAUAUAAAGGAAGGAAUCGAAAGCGAAAUUCUAACGGAUUAGGACGCGAUAUGUGCCGAUAAAGCGGUAAUCGCUACAGAAAAUAGAACAAAUAAAUACAAAGCAAGUUACAGAAGCGGGAAAGUUCUUGUAUUUUGGCUGUAACACAAAGAAAUGUAUAAUAAAACAAUUAUUGAAUUCGGUUUUUGCGAUAUGCAAAAUUAUCAAGGUCGAGGUAAGCGUUAUCAGCCGAGCCGAAGGCUCGGCUGAUAACGCUUACCUCGACCUUGAUAAUUCCGCAUAUAAAAAAAAACUCAUCCAAUAAUUGUUAAUUAUGUGAGAAAUAUAUUUAUGCACAAAUAUAAUUUCAAAAUAUUACAGUAAAUGUAAUAUUGCACAGUGGCACAAUUUUGACUCAAUGGUUAACUGACUCAGUCACAAUCUGCGUAAUGCAACUAAAGUCGACCGCUUUUCUGCUCAAACGUAAGGCAGCUGUGUCUUUGUUGUUGGAAAUUAUUUUCUCCUGUUUUCCCAUCUAAGUAGAACUAGCCAUCAAUACAACCACAGCCCAUAAUUGCCAAUUACACCUAUCGUUAUCUAUUAAAAACAAAAUCAAAAUCAUUUUGAGUAUUGCGAAUUAUUAGGCUAUGAAUAUGCUUGUUUUUGUUGCAUGCCAUAUAUGGCAUGCAACUUUCAUAUAGCUCUAAAUUUCGUGUCGCGGUGCAUGAGCGGCGGUGAGCGGUGAGCGGUGAUGAGCGUACCAGUCACGCGGCAGAUUCGUUAAAAGACGACUAAUACCGAGUUUUUCCGACGAGCAUUUUUGUGCCGGGUUUUCGUCGAGGAAACGCAAAGAAAUAUUGAUUAUUUGCCGAAAAUUCACAUAAUUGAGCGCCUUAGAAAAAUAAGUCGAGGUAGGUAAAGGUUUACUAUUUUUAACUUACCUUAUAUUCUGUUAUUUGUUGUGAUUUUGGAGCCGUUGUGCUCGCACUGAUUAUUUAUCAAUUAUCAGGCGUUUAUAUUUAUAUAUCGUGAAAGCCUCAAAGCCCACGCUAUCAAAACACUCGAUUUUUAUAUACUCAAACUGAAACGGAGCCAUUGUGCUCGCACUGGUUAUAUUCUGUGCGAAGCUUCAAAACUACAGCACAUUUUGUAUAAUUUUAAAUAUAAAUAUCAAACAAAAUUUGAAUUGUAUAUUGUAUCGAAAUUUAAAACAACGAAAUAGCAACCAUUGUGAAGUACGCAUAAGGUUCAACAUGACAUUCAGCAUGACAUUCCAUAUAGUGUAAAUUAACUCAUUUCAAUCACUCAAACAAACAUACAGGUCAUAUUAGCUGACUAGUACCUUUAUGCUUUUUCUACUUCGACAAUUUCAAUCAUAGUUUAAUUAAUAACCAUUUUCAAUCUAUUAUAGUAAUUCACCGUUUCCACGGUUUUUUAUACCUUUCAAAGUUACAAUAAAGCUAAAUCUAUAGGAAAUAACGUUAUUUAGUUAUAAAUUUGUUAAGGAAAUCUAGCGGUCAAUCGCUUUCGAUAAAACCUUGACCGACCUUGACCUUGUUAUUACCGUCGCUUGCAAUUAACGAUGAACGGUCGCUCAUAAAAACAUUGCCUAUCGUGUGAGAAUCUUAAAGGUGAUCUAUAACAAAGCCUUUGUUUACAUUUUUGUGUCCAAAAUAUUGAGCUUUAUUCGACAACUAUUUAUAUUUUCAAGCUUCUAGAGUAUAAUAAAUGAUCAAGAAACAACAAUCAGGUUUUUCAAGAACUCAAAACAUAGUUAAACUGUUUGUAUCAUAAAAAGUGGGCUCAUUUGUGCACAUGCGCAGAUCGGACUGUAGAUCACCUUUAAGUUUCUUAUUUUGACAUAAAAGCUAUUUUUUCAAUAAAUAACAUAACAGCUAUUUUUCAAUAUUAUUACAGUCAAUUUCAGCUGACUUUUCAUCGUAAGAUUCCGAACUUCGUUCCGAACUUCGCAAAUUCGUUGCGAAGUUCAAAAAUUCAUAAUGAAAUUCACAAACAUGUUUGUAAACAAAGCCUCUGAUUGGCUAUUAAAUCAAACCAGCCAAUGAAAUGCCCAGUUUACAAACCUGUUUGUGAAUUUCAUUAUGAACUUUUGAACUUGGCAACGAAUAUAUUUGCGAAGUUCGGAACGAAAUUCGGAAUCUUACGAUGAAAAGUCAGCUGAAAUUGACUGUAAACUUGUUGAUUCAAUAUUUAAAAGGUGAUCUACAGUCCAAUCUGCGCAUGUGCACAAAUGAGCCCACUUUUUACGAAACAAACAGUUUAACUAUGUUUUGAGUUCUUGAAAAGCCUGAUUGUUGUUUCUUGAUCAUUGUUUCUUGAAGCUUGAAAAUAUAAAUAGUUGUCGAAUAAAGCUCAAUAUUUUGGACACAAAAAUGUAAACAAAGGCUUUGUUUACAUACGGACUGUAGAUCACCUUUAAGAUUCACGCCAGUUGUACCAAAGGUUAUAAGCGCUAUAUCUCAUCAUAAGUUUCAGAAGGCAUGCAACAUGUACGCACUGCGUACCUAUUUUUAUAAACGUUAUUAUAUUUUUUGACACGCACAAUCCAGUUUAUAAUAAAUAUUAAUUUGCACAGACUAAAUGUGUUCAAACAUGCAGACACAAUACCGAGGCGAGCACAAUACAAUAUAAAUAUACAUGCAACUAGAGGGCACUCAAAGACUGCGUACCUCCGCCCGCUACUCGGAAGUGAAACGCUACCUUGGAAUUUCCUAAGAAAUCCACUUUGGAAUUCUUAAGCAUAAAAGAUUUCAGUCCCCCGCGAAUUGAAAUCGAAUUGCUAAUAGAUCAUACUACUGUUGUUGUACUGUACAGGGUGUCCCUAAAACCUGAAAACUAUUGAAAUCACGUAUUGUUAAAAUUGAAUGCCCUACCAAAAAGCUGAGCGUAAUGAUGCGUAAAAUAUUGACAAGGUGCAUGUAUUAAAAUUUAGUCAGGAACAUCUCCUUGUAAAGUGCGCGAUUGUCUGCUCUUAGGAAUUUAAAGCAGCUUCCUAAAUAGUUUCUUUAUGCAUAAAAUUUACUUAAUCAAUCAUUUAUGCACUCGUGGGAACCAACAGAGUGCUAAGGCAUUCAAAUUCUAACAAUUAAAUUGUUAUUGGUAAUUUCAAUCGUUUUCGUUUGUUUUGGGACACCCUGCAUGUACAGUACUUGUAAAAUAAAAACUUAUUAAGUGUCAUUAAAUAAAUGCAUAAAUUUUUCUUUACGCACUCGCGCGUGCAGUAAUUUUGACAGUUGUGCUAUUUUAAAUUCCCAGGCAGCUAAAAUCUUUUGUCUUUAAAACAAUGUCGAUUUCUUGGGAAAUUACGAGGUUGCCUUUUUUUUUAUAAUCCUGCAUUGAAGUAAUCUAAUGUUUUUAGAAUUUGAAUGGACUGGCACUUUGCUGAACGCAAUAAUGCGUAACUCCGUAAGCCUUGUUUUAGACAUUGAAUUUCGGUCGCGUGAAAUGCAACUAAGACAAUAGAUAAUGAAGGCUGAAGCUUAUUGAGGUUUAUCAUCUCAUUAUUGUCUUAGUACUGCGUGCAUAAAUUAUACACGUCCUAAUUACGCAUUCAGUAUUUUUUUUUAAUUGAACGGGAAAACCAAGACAAAAUUUUGUUAACCAAAUUCAACCAAAUUUUAAUCUGUUCUUCCUUAGCCGAUGGAAAAUGCAUUAAAAAAAUUUCGUAUGAAUAUGUUGGGUAUUUCUUGAGUUAUGGUGCUCACAGACAAACACAUGCACAUACACACAUACACACAUACAUACAUACACACACACAUACACACAUACAAACCCAGAUGAUUGCAUAACCUCCUGGGGGAGGUAAUAAAAAGGAUCUACUUACCACUAACUUUACCGGUACUGUACCAUCGCUUGAUUGCUCCAACCAGCUCCAACAUAGUCACAGAUGGUAGUUGCUUAUCUGCGGCGGAGUUAUACAAUGUCUCUAUCACUUCGUCUAGUGAAGCUGUAUAAAAGCUGUUAGGCAACUGGUUCAUCGUCGUAUUUCAAAGUCGACUUAGCCUAGUCCAUACUCGUUGACUUCCAGAUGUAGUACUGACCCUAUUAUCUGAGUCUCUGACCGUCAUUCCGCCUUCAAAUAAACAAUAAGAUAAAGUACUUUGUGAGGAAAUAAUAGUAUGUUAAAGUUUAUGUAAAUUUAGGUUUAUUAAUUGACGUCUGAUAGUGUGCAAAUGUGGGAAUUUAAGACAAUAAAUAGCAGACAUGAGUCACUGAAAGGGAGAGGGAUUAGAUGAGUCGCGGCAGUCAAAAGAAGAGAAGAAACACGUACACUCACAACUAGAGAAAUUAAGAAAAUUUGGACGCCAGCGGGCCAACCAAUUUGGUAGAUUAAGUAUGCGAAUUGCAUUGGGCCGAAAAUUGAGGUUAUGAACAGUGGUAACUACAUCGAGGGCUAGCCGAAGACAGGAAGACGAAGCAGUGGUAUGAACUCGGUCUGACUUUAUAUUAGUAAAAAUCAUUAGCUUAGGUAGUGUUGUCUUUUAAAAUGUUAAAAAUAAUAAAAAAAUAUUUUGUAUUGUUUAUUCGGUCUGUGAUCGUUAGUAGCACCCACGUUGACGGUUUUAACUCGUCACACACUUGUUCUUCGAUUUUUAAAAAUCAGUUAUCUGCGCCAUAAACAAGUGAAAUAGUAAAAAAUUCCACUGCAAUAUGUUGACGCGUCAUAUAAUUUACUACAAAUACGACUUUCAUAUCUUUGUUUCCGUUCAUCUUAUGACGUUACACGGCAUCAAUGUGGCGGCGGAAAAAUUCGCACGCGAUAACCAAUUUCAGAGGUCAAAUUUGGCAACUUCUAUAAGCAUCGCAUGAUGGUCAAAUAUAUAUGAAAAUGCUUCUAAAAGACUGAAUUUUUAUUUAAGCUAAAAAAACUAGGUCCAACAGGAAAAUAUUUCUUUAAAAAAAGAAAUAAUGUUUCGUUCCAAUAUAAUUAUAGAAAUACUAGACGUCUGUAAUUAGUGGUUGCCACCAUAGAUCACUUGUAUAUGUCGAGCAAUGAAAUCGGGCCAUUUUGCGAAGCGGGCGGACUUUGGUAAUUUUUUGCACGUUUUAGUAAUUACAUUAUCCCAUAAAUGAGCUUCAAAAACUGUUUUCAUUGGUCGACAGCGCUAGCCUUCCGCAAUGAUUUGAUAUACUCACCUGCUAGAUUUGAUACCCAAGCAAUCUCAUUGGCUAAUGACUUUGUCGCCUUUUGUUAAUGCUGCCAUGUCGUAUUUAGCAAAAAGAAUAUGUGGGAGAAAGUCGAGAUUCAGGUUAUGUUUUCAUGUCACGCAAUGACGAAACCUCGCUCAAUCCCCAUCCCUUAACCAGGGGCAAAACUAGCCCCUUUUAGUUAGGGGCGUGUCUGCUAGAAUUGCCCUGCGAAAGCCUAUGAUGCCGUGCACCAAAAAAUUUUUUUGGCCACUAUUUCUCCCAAAAAUGUUGGCGAGCGGGGCGGUUCGAAUUUUUUUUUUCUGGACAUUCGAAAAAGGGGCGAAAAAGGGGACAAAUUUCUGUUAAAACAUGCAUGAAACCCUUAUUUUUUGACCAAUAUCUGUAACAACAACAACAGCAACAGCAACAGCAACAGCAACAGCAACAGCAACAGCAACAACAACAGCAACAGCAACAGCAACAGCAACAGCAACAGCAACAGCAACAGCAACAGCAACAGCAACAGCAACAGCAACAGCAACAGCAACAGCAACAGCUAGCAACAGCAACAGCAACAGCAACAACAACAAUUGAUUAG